CUCACUUCCAGUGACCAGUGACAUUUUGAUUAGCAUCUCGGUCUAUCAUAUUUAUUCCCCCCUUCCCCUUCGUCACCAAGUUAUUGUGUCUUCUUCUCCUGCGAGAAGCUCUUGUGUUCGAUCCGUCGAUUCUGGUCAACUGAAAAUGAAAGUGCUCCACUUGGUGGUGAUGUUCGUGGUGAUGAUGCUGGCGGUUUUGGGCUCGGCGAUUCCCCAAGAAUCCAACCAGGACUCCCGGUCUCAAGCCUCAAGGCGAUAUGCUUCCCCGAGCAGAUUCGAGAACAUCCGAGGCGACACCAACAAACUCUACAAAUACUUCGAGAUCGCUAAUCCUUCCAUCAAGAAGUAGUAUGGAGUGACGUCUGCGCUCCUACUUCUUUCUUCUCUCGUAGUCGGGUGUAGCGACUUGAACGGAUACUUCUGUAUCGUUUUCAACUCUGUAGUGCCAUGAAAUAAAAUUAAUCCGGUCUGACUUCAA